CAAGACCGUCCAUUUUUGCGAGGCACAAAUUUAGCUGGGAAAGCUGGUCCUGUUUUGAUGCUACGCAACCGAGACGAGGUGUUGUGGUCAACCCGUAACCCUUUUACGCGCGUACACAAUCGCAUACCAUUAACCAUGGUAAGCAUACUGAGAGAGAGUGGCAGGCGGGCGUAAGUGACAAAAUUCGCCAAACAUCAUAAACGAAUUCGGUAAAGGAAAACAAAUUGCGCGUCCACAACAUUACCUGCAAGGUUGGCACAGUCCGGUGAAAAGGGCACGCCAACAGCUCAACAACAUCUGUACUGCUGUGGUUCCAAAGGAAACAACAGCACAGGAAGUGGAGAGGAACCAUAAUAUGCACCUACCCAGCUUAUCAGUGAACGCGUAAAAGUGGCGAUUGUCAGCGAUAAUUUGAGUUUUGAGCGCUAUUUCCUCCAGAAGAUGCAGCAAGUAGACGAUCCCCCUUAUUUGACUGUAGGAACGGAGGUUAGCGCCAAAUACAAGGGGGCAUUCUGCGAGGCCAAGGUACGCAAGGUCGUGCGCAACAUCAAAUGCAAGGUCGCGUACAAACAGCAGGGUCUCGGGUCUGGUGUUGUCUCCGAUGAUCAGAUCAAGGGGGCUCUCCGGGUGGGUGCGACGGUCGAGGUGAAACAUCCGGAGCGGAAGGAAUACGUGGAGGCAACGCUAACCAAAAUCCAGGACUGUUCGCAGUACACGGUGGUGUUCGAUGACGGCGACAUUACGACGCUUCGACGCAGUGCGCUGUGUCUGAAGAGUGGCCGGCACUUCAACGAGAGCGAAACACUUGAUCAGCUUCCGCUCACACAUCCCGAGCACUUUGGGAAUCCGGUCAUAGGUGGACGCAGGGGUCGUAGAUCACGGCAUCUUCUACCGGACGAAAGCUCCGAUGAGGAAGACGAACCAACAACCCACUCCCGUUCGAACGCCAGCGAUAAAGAGGAAAACAUCGGUAAAGUGGUGUGUGUGGAGACGAGCGAUAAUAAGAAGAAAAACCCGAAAGAAAAUUGGUUUCCCGGGCUUGUGGUGGCUCCGACCGCCCAGGACACGGUGCGGAUUCGGGUGAAGGACGAGUAUUUGGUGCGCUCGUUUAAGGAUGGUCGGUACUACACCGUGCCGAAGAAAGAAGCCACCGAGUUUACGCGUGACAGUGUAAACAGGUCAGAAGCAGCCGCCGUGUCGGCAGCAAUUGAGUACAUGGAUAAUGAUGUACUGCCGCCGCACUGGGACCGGGAAGCAUUGUUCGGUACGUCGGGUAGCUGCAGCGAUUCGGAUCAGGAGCUCGAAACGGAUAGUUCGGAUGAUGAGCCUACCGAAGAAAAAGAUCAUUUUGUGGCACAGCUGUACAAGUUUAUGGACGAUCGGGGAACGCCACUGAACAAAGCGCCAUCGAUCACGAAUCGGGACGUCGAUCUGUACCGUUUGUUUCGUGCUGUUCAAAAGCUACACGGUUACAAUCGAGUCACGACCCAGAAUCAGUGGAAGCAGAUCGCACUACGGUUGGGCUUCUCGCCUGCCACGGCCAGCAUUACCAAUCUGGUGAAGCAGGCGUACAAAAAGUUUCUGUUCUCUUUCGAAGAGUUCAACCGCAAGCUCGGAUGCACGAUGGUACCACACCCGAAAACGAGUCGCACGAAGGGCCGCAGUCUGGUACGGGCCAGCUCGGUACAGUCGCCAAAGCUGGCAGAAAAAGAAAAGCUACUAACGGCAAAAGAAAAGGCAGCAUCGGCCGCGGCAGCAGACGCGUCUGCAAAGGCAUGCAAUUCAGUAACAGCAAUCGCGGAAGCCUCUAAUUCAGCAGUAGAAGAAUCUGGCAAUACGAGUGAAUCGAGUACAACGGAAAGUGCCGUACUGAGACCGAACAGCACCAAGCGAAAAGUUGGCGGCGGCAAGGUUAAAGCGUUGGUAGAUAAAUUCGAGGAAAAAGAAAAGGAACGGGAGAAGGAGAAAAUGUCUGCAAAAGGUGGCGGUGAAAGUAGCGGAUCAUCCGGCGGUAGCAAGAAAGAGGAUGUUGGAAGCGCUUCCGCUGUGAAGAAGGAAAAGGUCGCGGCGAAGGCUAAGUCCGUUGAACCGGUGAUCGAGAAACGGGGUCGUAAAAGAAAGGACGCUGAUUCGGUGGACUCGAAAAAGGAUGACCGGGAAAACACAACCGGAACUGGUGGUGGUAGUGCGAGUGGUACAGAGCGCAGCAUUAAGCUGGAGAAACAAUCGACCAGCAGUAGGAAAGAAGAAGGUGUGGGUAGUGUUGUUGGUGGUGGUGGUGGUAGUGGAGGUGGUGGAGGUGGUGGUGGAAGUGGUGGUGGAGGUGGUGGUCCACCGGGAAGUGGAGGUGGCGGAGGAGGAGGAGGAAAUGGAUCUGGACCGGGAUCAGCCAGUAUGCACGGUGGCAGUGGUAGAACCAUUAGCCCUGUAAGUGGAGUAGCUGCUGGGACCGCAGUUCCCGACUUCCCAAUCGAGGUGGGUGAUAAGCUAAAGGUGUAUUACGAUGAGCAGAAGGUGACGUACGAAGCGAAGGUGAUCGAGAUCGCCAAACAGGAAGGAAAUCCCAUCUAUCUGGUACACUACACCGGUUGGAACACGAGGUACGACGAAUGGGUUCGCAAAGAACGUAUUGCGGAGAAUUUAACCAACAGUAAAACUAAGAAAGGAAAAUCGUCCACCAACACGCCAACGGGCAGUGGUGGAUCGACAAGUAAGGGACCAUCGGGAUCGAGCACUACGCCGGGAGAUAAAACUCCGAAAGUUGCAAAACGCAGCCGUGGUAAUUCUAAAGGUGAACAGAGCAGUGGUCCCGGAGGAAAUUCUACGCCACGUUCGACGACUCCCAAUGUUGGACGGAAUAAAUCACCAGCCACACCGUCCAACCGGAGACCACUGACGCGUGGUGGAUCGUCGGCUGCUACGGGAUCGUCCCUUUCGGCUUCGGCCGCCGCUGCUGGUAGGCGCACGUCCAACAAUACGGACAUUUCGUCCUCACUGUCUGUUCCGACCGAUCCGGACAAUACCAGCGACACCGAUUCGGAUGAACCGAUGCUGAAAAAGUGCACCACCAACAGCACCUCGUCGACCACCUCGUCCAACUCGUCGAUUUCCAUCUCAUCAACGAGCACGAAAGUAAGUACAACGGCCGAGGCCGGUUCGUCGUCUGACGCCGCGGCCAUAUCGGACGAGUUUUCCAACGGAGCAUCCAAGGGUGGUGGUGGUGGUGGUGUUGUUGGCGGUGUUGGUGGUGGUCGUGACUAUGAUCUCAAUCAAAUACGUUCCGAAUUGAAGGGCUUCAAGGAACUGAAAUCACCUGGAUCGCCGGCAUCAGACACAACAACGACCACAACCACAACUGCUGGCGCAGGAGAAGGACCCGCAUCGGCGUCCUCCGUUACGGAUGUGCCGAAACAUCUGAUACCGAAGCAGGAACCGAACAUGCACACAAGGAGUAGUUCCACCGAAGCGAAGGAAACGCUUUCGAGCUCUAGCACACCGCUGGCCACGAUCAAGAAAGAGCUGACUGCUUCAGUGGCAGUGAAAGAGGAAGAAUCUACCGUAACCGAGGAGGACGACGAACCGGGAAAGUCGUCCGAAUCGGAAACACUCAGCGAAGAAGACUCUUCGCAGUCUUCCAACAAGGCAUUCUCCAGCUCACCAAUUACAACGAUGGUCGAUUCAGACACAGCCGAAACACCGCUAGCAGCGGGGCUAGUGAUGAGUCCCAAGAUAUUAGCCUCGCCUCCACCGAGCUUGGAGUGCGAAGAUUCGUCAUCCACCGAACCUUUAAUAACAGUAGCUAACAAAGCAGCGGAUGCCAAGGCAUCUCUGGAAAAGGCUGCAGCAAGCGCUAAAAAGGACGCGGUCGAUGCAGGGCCAGCUGUUGAAAAAACAGCCACCGGGUCAGGCUCGGUUGGGAAACCACCAAUUAAAACAUACGGUACGGCAGCAACUAUCAUUGCCAACUCGGAAAAGAUGGCAUUCUGUACGGUGCGUGAUGCGAGCACGGAAAACGAAUUGAAACCACAACUCGCUGUGCCAACGCAAGCGAAUGAUUCUGUGCUAGAAUCACCGUCGAAGAAUAAUUCGACGAUUGCAUCACAGGCAGCAGGAGUAUCACCCUCGCUAUCGGCACGAUCGAAAACAGUAGCGACGGAGGACAAAGCUACUGUGGCGGGUUCUAAUAUGACAUCACCAUCUACAACCAGUGGUCGCACAAAUGCCAGCUCUUUAAUGACACCUGGUAAAGCUAGCUUUGGUUCGUCCCCAUCGGCUACUGCAGGAAAUAGCAAAGAUGACUUGGCCGUCACGCCACCGCAAGGUGUCAUUAUCGCUGCCGGAUCUAGCGCGCGAGCAAUAAAGUCGCCAAAAUCUUCCCCUUCAACAACAUCGUCAAUAUCUUCAUCUGGCACCGCCGCACCAGAUGACAGCAAGAUCAAUCCCUCAACCGUAUCUCCGGUCGGACCAACGAACACUCUGUCCCAAACGACCACUUCCUCACCGCAUGCGGGAGGUUUCAGUUCGUUACGCGCGGAAAAGAAGCAGUCAAUCGUUCAACAUUCUGGACCGGGAACAACAGCAACCGGAAUGGAAAGGAAAUUUACACUUGGCAGAGAAGGUACCUCCGCCUUUUCAUCGCCGGCAAGCUCUUUAUCCGCGCAAUCCGCGCUUUCCGCUGCAGCUCCUGCAGCUACUACCUUGAAGCAUGGCAGUUCCGGUUUGCUUGGGGAGAAAAAACACUUUUCCUCGUCGACGUUAACACCGGCACAAAAUAAACUGCUCAGCAAGGAAGCGCUGUCCAUUAAGUCACUGUUUGAAUCGACAGCUAAUCGGAUGGAAGAAAAGAUUUCUGACGUGUACGAAUUUGAGGAUGAAUAUGACGAUCCGACCGAUACCGGGAGCGGACCGAUGGGAGUUGUGGGUGCUGCUAUUGGUACACCCGGAUGCGGAACAGGUCCCCGUAAGCUUGUAUCCGAUGUACCACCUGCCGAGGUAGUUAACUCUCUUUCGCUAACCUCCUCGACAGGAUCAUCGUCAUUGGGCGGUCCAUUUGGAGAUGAGAAAAGAAAAAAGCCUUUGCAACGGAAAACAAUGGCCGUCGCAGUGGAUCCUCUGGACACAUCUAACUACGGAACCGGAAGUUAUAGUGGGGCUUUAAAGCGGGCGAAGAAGCCUUCGCCGAUUAAAACCGAACCUGCGGGUGUAGAGAAUAAGUCACCGAAAGGAUCGGGCAUAUUACGCCGCGAGCCUAAGGACAAGGAAGAAAAGGAUCAGAAGCUUCCAGUGGAUGGUGAAUCUGGCACAGUGGUUGCGGAGGCACCUCGUCAAACGACAAUUUCUUCAGUGGAUCCACCUAAAGAAAAGGUUGCUCCUAAAACGACAUCACCUGUAGUUACUACCUCUUCUCAAGCAGGACUAACGACCGCUUUUGUACAGACGCCUGUAAAAAGUGACUCGACUUUUGAUGUGUUACGAAAAUCUCCAAGCUUCAAUUUGGUGACCCCCGGGCCUCUGGGAAGUAAGGAAGAAACUUUUAAAUCGCAGGAAGAUAUCGACACAAAACCUGCUCCACCGCCAUUGCCGGCAACGACAACGCCUGGGAUAUUCACGCCAGUUAUUUCAGCUUCCUCGAUCGGAAGUGGUGGCGUAAACGAGCGAUCAAUUUCGUCGGUGCUUUAUCCGCACGGUAAAGGUCCAUCUACUUCCGUCCUGCUAGCAAAGGCUGGUGACGAGAGUCAAAAAGAGGAACCGACGUUGGAGAAUUGCAAAAAAUACUUCAACGAUAUGAACUUUGAAUUCGACGCUCCGACCGUGAAGAAACCACCGUCGAUUGCGGACAAGGUGCUGAAGGCAUUAAGUGAACAGCAACAGCAGCAGCAACAACAACAGCAGCAAACGGUAAAAUCGGAAAAACCAGACUUUCCGAAGUAUAUGACAAGUUCGAUGCAUCACCAUUCGCUACCCAGCACACCGAAAUCGAUGAUAAACAGUGGAUUGUUGUCUUCACCGGCAAUGGAAAGCGGUACACCGAUGUCUUUCGCAUCCACAGUGCAUCCAACGAUCAAAUCGGAAUCCAUCAGCAGCGGUGGUAACAGUGCCACCGUAGUGUCUUCCUACACAACACCUAUGAUGGCUAUAAAUCACCCACCAAAACCGGGAUCCGCGGGUGGAAAUGAAGCACCACAGUCAGGCAAGUUGCUCGAAGCAAUGAAGAUGGAACCGGAAGAUUCUCACAUCUCCACGGCAAAGUCAUCCCCGAUCAGUACCGAUUCGAAAACCACCACCAAUCAACCGCAAGGCUUAUCGUCUUCCGGUAAUGGUGGGGUUCAGAAGAUACAGGCGCUUGAGCAAAUUCCCACAUCCCGAAGUAACGAUCUAACUGAAUCACUUCGAAAGCUAGAUCCAGAUCCACGGUUUAUUCACGACGAUGAAUCUACGGACAGUAACGAUUCGGAACACCGGCUAAUCAUUGAGGAUGCCGAAUCGCAAGGCAGUGGUGAACCUGCAACCGGAAGUGCGAUGGUACACUCGCAAACUAUUGUAACGAACUCCGUCGUGCCCAGUACGGCUGCGGUGAUCGUCCAUUAUGAGAGCAAACAGACCACUUCGGUGAUAUCGGCCAAGAAGGAGCUGUUUGAGGAAAAACCACGAUCAGCUACAGCUUCCAUUACACUCGAGAUGGCUUCAGCUGCAUCGGCCGCAGCUGUUGCAGCGGUUGCCGAUAAGGAAAAGCUCAUCCUAAAGCAAGACCGGAUUGCUCCGACGGAUCCGUUAUCUUCUUCGUCGCAUGUGAAGGACGAUACUACCAAAUCAUUCUCUGGCGCACCUACAGCGUCGUCGGAAAAGAAGACAAUAGGUGGUGCAAAGCAAAGCCUUCUAGAGACAAUCAUACAGAUGAACACCGCCAGCCGCGGUAUGAGUUCUGAAGAGUACUUGAUGCACAAGGUACAUGAACAGCAGCCACCGAUACAACAACGCGUCAGCGCUGAUAGUGAAGGUCGUACGGAUGUGUCCUUCGCAACUCAGAAGCAACUUGACAGCAGUGUCGUUCCUGCGACGGCAUCCGUCAUAACGUCUACGGGAUCGAACGAAUCAUUAGGAUCAUCCACGCUUUCUCUCAACCCCGAGGAUUCACCAACGCAAUCGCUACACUAUCUUCAAUCACAAUCACAAUCACAGGCUCCAAACAAUGAAUCGCUGUCGUUGCUACUCUGCGAGGAAACGAUUCCAGGCUCUCCCGCACCGAAAGAUCACGAUCGAUUGCCACCGUCUACAGUCGGGCGUAAGGUGUAUGCCGAGACACCGCUGGCACCUGCUUCAUCAGUAUCAUCAUCAUCCUCUUUCAUACCGCCACAAAACAUUCAAACCGCCACCGAUCUGAAACCUGUUCCGAUGGAUCUAGAACCACCGGUGGUGACGAUAACGAUCGGUGGUAAUACGACGAUCAGCAGUACCAGUCAAAGUGGACAGACCGGUGGAGUGGGAUCGUUCGUUUCCAAUCUCCAGCAGCAACAGCAAUCAUUAAGAAGUAAAGGAACUUCCGGCGGAGGAGAAUCCACCGCCGAUACCCCGAACAGUUCUCCGAGGGAUUCGGUUAGCCAAGAUGAAACGCAUGAUCAAGAAUCGUUGUCACCGAUGAAAAAGCGCCGUCAACGAAAACCGAGCGAAGAACCAACGCUCAAACGUCGUCGCACGGGUAACACCAGCCUGGGUGGCUAUGGCUUUGGAAAUAAUGGUUCAAACACUAGCUAUGGCCGUAAUCAACGUGGUCUUACUACAAGCAAUGCAACCGACAGUGAGGACAACUCAGACAAUUUAGCGGCAUUCCACCGAUCGUCCUCCUUGAUAUUUGUUGGCAGCAAAACCGGGCGUCCCUGUCAGUACAAUUUCCUGGUCAAUUUAGAUCCAUCCCUAAAUAGUAAUCACCGGAUAGGGAUAAUAAGGAAAAAGAUCCAAGAGUUGCGCAAAACGUACAACGCGAUCAAGGCCGAGCUGGCGAGUAUCGACCGAAGGCGCAAGAAGCUUCGCCGACGGGAGCGAGAGAACAAGAAGCAAGCCAAACUGAACAGUGCCAGCGCCGGUAACAACUAAGAAGCGCGCUGUCGAUAGUUUCUUUCCUUUUUGUUUCUUUCCCUUUUUUUCAGUUGUUUUAUUUCGUCCCUUGGGCUUUCAGAGCUGAAUGGCAGCACAAUUAUUAGCACCACGAAGAGAAAGGAAGGCUUGUACUUCUGGCAUGAAUGUACAAUGCGCUAUAUGCUCCAGGUUUAGGUUUACACGUGAACAUUUAGAAAGUUUCGAUAGCCGGCGCUUCUACACGCUGGUGAAAAUUUAUUUCAGAUCUAUUUUCGAAACAAUUUUUUAUAUGAUUUUAAUUUUAUUUGUUGUUCUAGUGUUGAUAGGAUUUUACAGAAACCGUACAUUGAAUUAGCGAAUUUAUUUCUACUUUUAUACUUAUAAUAUUUGCUAUUUCCUUACCGUGUUGUUGACUCGUAGCGCUAUUAAGCCUUCAGAGUGUGAAUCUAGGAAUUUAGGAUAUACAUAGUGAAGUAACAGUGAUUUCGUGUAAAUUAUAUAUCAGGAUCGAACCAGCAAGUAGUAUUUCAAACGCUCAUUUCCGUGUUCAUAUCAUGGAAAGCCAAUUUUAAAGUAACAUGCGUAGAUGAUAGAGCACACCCAACAGUGCUAAUGAAUUAUUUGACUAGCGAAGAAUUCAAAACAGAUCUUUACAACCUGCAGCAAUAGCACGACGGUUGGCGGUUUACUGUAAAGAACUGCUGAUAUGUGAGGGAAUGCACUCUCUGCAGAGGAAGGGCUAUAGUUCAUUGCGGCUCUUCUGUGCUGUAAGUUAUAUUUUUGCUUAAAACGCUACUUCCCGUAAGGGACAUUAGUUUGUAUUCAUCUUAAGGUGUGCAAUGAGACGUGUACAGUGUAUUGUGAAUCCAGAAAAGAUGCCGUAAAAGAUGCCCACCAGUGGACAGCACUCCUACAGCAUCAUUAAAUACAAGAAUAUGAACACAGAAUUAA